UGGGUCUACUCUGAAAUAAGCCCCCUUGAGUUCACUCCCUGACCUUUCACUGCCCACAGCUGCCUACCGCUUGCUCCUCCUCCAGCCAGCCCAUCCCAGCCCUUGCUGAUUAUUGUAACAAUCUUCUCAACGUUCAAAAGCUGAGAACCAAGCAUGGGGGAGAACGCUACACUGGUGGCCGCCAUCAGCACGAUUCUACAGCGCGUCAUCGAGAACCACGAUGCUGCAGAGGAGCUUUUCCAGUGGCAUCUGAGGUUCCGUAGAGCAGCUAUUGGGUCCCUGCAGCAGCACCUCAACACCGUCGGAGCCGCCGAGGGGGCAGUAAUGCGCUUCGAAAGAGACCGGCUCUCUGGCCACAUGCGAAGCCUGCAUCAGAUGCACCAGAGAAUGUCCGCCAUAGCAGAACAGGCCCGAGUGGCCACGGCAACCAUUGCUCUGGCUGACCACAUGACCGCGGACCUGAGCUUGUCACGCCGCUGGGCCCUGCCUCGCACCGAAGCUGCCUGGGCCUCGAUGCUCAAUGGGGACGACGCAUGUUUCCGUGGAAGUUUCCGGAUGUCACGGGAAACGUUUGACGCCGUCGCCGCAGCCGUCGCCCCUGUAAUCCAGAGGCAAAACACAGUGAUGCGACGCGCGGUCCCAGUCAAAAAAAAGUUAGCACUGACAUUGUACAAGCUGGCAUCCAACCUGGGCUACCUCCCUCUCAGUACCACCUUCGGAGUUGGGAACUCAACAGCCUGCAAUAUUUUCAGAGAAACGGUGCAAGCCCUGAAGAACCUCUACCUGGCUGAUGUCAUCAAAGUGGGCGAUGAAGAAGAAAAUGUCCGGGGCUUCCGGGAGCUUGGGUUCCCUUGUGUGGGAGCAGGCCUGGAUUCAUCCCGUAUAAGGAUCCUCGCUCCGGAGGGGAAGGGCCCCGAGUCCAAUAACCAAAAGUGUUUCUACAGCAUGGUUUUGCAGGCAGUGGUAGACGCGAACGGCAGGUUCAUGGACGUGUACGUCGGGGUUUCCGGAGGAAGUGAUGACGCAGGUGUCUUUUGGAAUUCACCCGUGGCAGAUAAGCUAGCCAAGGGGACAUUCUUCAGCGGUCUCCCUGUAAUAGUCAACGGGGUCCCCGUGCGCCCUCUCGUUCUGGAAGCUGGAGCUUUGGAGCUUCAACCUUGGCUCAUGGCCCCGUACUGCACUCCAGCAACACCCAAAGAAGAAAACUUCAACCACUACCACAGCAGGGCAAGACUACCAGUGGAGAGAGCGUUUGACCGACUGAAGUCACGUUGGCGCUCUCUUUACACACUUCUGGAUGUCGAGGAAGAUCUAGUCCCGGACGUUAUCGUCGUGUGCUGCAUCCUUCACAACCUCUGCGAAUCGCGGGGGGACGUGCUCUUGGAGGCAAACCCUGACCUUCCUGGGCCAGAGGCUGAGAACGACGCCGUCCCCGCCGAUCCCCCGUUACAGCGGCCUGCUCCGCACCCUCCGAAUCCCCGCUCGGAAACGGCAUCACACGAAGGGCAGGCCACUCGCGCCGCUAUAGCUGACUUCCUCUGGGACCGCUAUCCCCACGUUACUCACGACUGAGUGUGACGGUUCUUUAUAGGGCCGUCUGAGAUGGGCAUUGGACCAAUUCCAGCAGACGCGUUAGCAAAAUGGAUCAGUGUUAAGAGAAUUCACCGCAAAG